AUGCUCGCGUCGUUCCUGACGAUGAGGUACACGGAGGCUAAGGAGCUCCGGGUCGGCGGCAAGGACGCCGCGCUCGACCACGCCUUCCACACGGACUGCAUCGGGGAGUGGCUCGACAGCCACAUCACCUGCCCCGCCUGCCGCUGCAACCUCGACCCCGACCAGGAGCUCGCCACGGCGGAGGGCGAGGUGGCCGCGGAGCAGGUGGCCAUCGGCGUGGCCCCCGAGGGCGCCGAGGAUGAGGAGGAGGAAACGAGGAGGGAGGAGGCCAUGGAGCUGGAGUGGAUCGGGCGCCAGCACGCCUCGACGGCUGCCGGCGCCGGCGGCGGGGGUUCUUUAUUGGCAAUGGUAAAGUAG